AUGUAUUUGAAUUCAAUUUUCAAAUCUCUUUCUCGUUUCUCAUAUAUAAAAAAAAACUUUAGUUAUGAGAAUUUAUAGGAUGUUGAAAUAAUAACAAGAGAUUAUUGGGGAAGUUUGAGAAAUAUUCUUAAAUCAUUUUCAAAUCACAAAAUUAAUUUAACAGAUAUUGAACCAUUAAAAUUAAGUAGAACACAUAAGUAACAAUUAUAUAAAUAUAUUAAAAGAGGAUAGAAUAUUGUAGUAAAAUUGACAUUUGAAAAGGUUGAGGAUAAAAAGUAUAAUGAAUUGAUUUUCGAUUUGUAAUAGAGAUAUGAUUAAGUUUUAAUAAAUAAUGAUAUGUCUGUACCUUCAGUACCAUGGUACCCAAGAACUGAUGAAGAUCUAAAAACAAGUAAUUUAUAAAUUUAAAUUAUUAGUUGGUACAAUAAUGGAAGUUAAUGAAGAAAAUAAUUAAGAUCAUCCUUAAUUCAAAGAUCUUGAAUAUAGAAAGAGAAGAGAAGAAAUUGCAAAACUCUCAUAAGCUCAUCUUAUUGGAGAACCUGUUCCUUAUAUCAAUUAUACAGAAUAAGAAGAAUAAACAUGGAAGAAAAUAUAUACUAUUUUAAGAGAAAAGGUUAAUAUAGUAAUGUCAUAAAGAUAUUUGAAUAAUUUAGUUAAAAUUGAAAAUGCACUUGGAUUUAAAUAUAAGAUUCCUUAAUUAAGAGACAUAGAUGCAUAUUUAAGAGCAGAAACUGGAUUUAGAAUAAAAGCUACUCAUGGAAUACUUAGUUAAAGAGAAUUCUUAAAUGCUCUAGGACAUAGAGUUUUUUGUUGCACUUAAUAUAUAAGACAUCAUUCAACACCAGAAUAUACACCUGAACCUGAUAUUGUUCAUGAACUUGUUGGUCAUGUACCAUUAUUUGCAGAUAAAGAAGUGGCAGAUCUUUCAUAAGAAAUAGGCAUUUUAUCAUGUGGAGCAAAAAAAUAAGAUUUAAGUAGAUUGGGUACAUUGUAUUGGUUUACUCUUGAAUUUGGAGCUUACAAAGAAAAUGGAUUAAUUAAAGGUUAUGGAGCAGGAAUUGCUAGUUCAAUUGGAGAAUGUGAUGUAAUAAUAGAAUUAUAUCAAAAUUUAGCAUUUCCCUAAGGCAAAAUAUGAGAAAUUUGAUCCAUUUAUUCAUGCAGAUCGUAGUUAUCCUAUUUAAACUGUGUAACCUACUUAUAUGUACACAGAAAGUUUUGAUGAAGCAAUGCAAAGUUUGAUUAUUUUUGGUAAAAGUUUAUAAAAACCCUUCGGAUUAUAUUAUGAUUUCAUUGAUAAAGAACUUAAAUCAACUAGAAGAAUAAAGACUCAUUUAAAUGAUUAAUGA